GAAACCUGGACAUCAGCUUGGGUAGCAGAGGAGACCAGAAGAUGCCCAUGUGCCAGGUCACCACACACGCCCAAGGCCCAGUGCUAUGCCAGAAGCCCUGCCAAGUCCAAAGUAACUUGACCUGUCCAUGUCCCCACCUGGCCCUUGCCCUGAAGGACACAGCUGGCCGACUAGGUGACACAGGGCUGCAGCAGCAGAGUAACCUACACCUGCCAGUAGGGAGGUCCCAGGGGAGGAUCCGAGAGCCAUUUGUACAGCAGAGUAACCUGUGCUUCCGAGGAACCGCUAGCCCCCAUCUGCAGAACAGCUGCCUGCCACCAACUGGCCCAUCCUCCCACCAGAAGCAGACAUUUCAGGUCACAGGCUGCUUAGACUUGAGACUCUCUGCGGACUUGGCACCUCUUGAUGGGUGCACAUGGCCUGGCCCCAGGCCCUGGUGUCGUUCAGGGAGCUGGGCACCCAGGCUUGUGGGGGAGCCUCUCACCUUGGAGGACCUGUCUGUCUCUGACCACAGUCAGUCUCAGGCCUCAUCCCCUUUCUCCUGUAGUACUGCCCACUGGCUGCUGGACUCCACCCAACACCUACAACCUGAGAGCCAGACAUCCUGGGAGCACCCAGGUCUUACCCAGAGAGGACCCCACAACUGUGGUGGCCAGUCAACUCCUGCCCAAUCUUGGCCCAGCCACUCUAAGGAAAGUUUAAGCUUCCUGGAGACUCUGGAGAACGAGGCUCAAAACAUUGUGACCCUGGACUCCCAGGCAGCCUGCCAGAAGCUGCUGUCCGAAAGUUUCAGAGUGUGGAGGCGCUUGUCACAGAGGCACCAGGCAGUGGCUAAGGCCACAGCUAUGAGACACAGGCAGCUGAUUCGAAAGAGCCUCAGAGAGCUGCGCUGGGUCCUAUGGCUCCAGGAGACCCGACUGGAGGCAGCUUGGGAGCAACAAGCAAAGGCCCUUCUAGCCUGGAGCUUCCGAGAGUGGAGACAUGUCGCUUUGCAGCAGAAACUGGAGCAACCUCAUACCCAGGCUGCGCCAACGUUCCUUGCUUCUAGGGGAAGCCUUUCCUUGGAGAGAAAAGCAGCCACAGAUCUUGCCUGGAGAUGCAGGUGCUUUAAGGCCUGGCAACGGUUAGCGAAAAGAGGGGCCCAGUACAGAAGACAUCUGGCCCAUCGAAGAGUGAGGACCUUAAGGGUAUGCCUGGGACAGUGGAUAGAGAUGAAGCAGCUCCAGGCCUCAGAUGUCACAAAGAUGACUCAGUUGGCCCUCCACCGGCAGAAGGCAGGGAAUGAGGUUCUCAGCGGCUUAGCCCCAGGAACUGCCAUGGCCCAUUGCCUGGAGACAGUGACCCAUGCCCAACAGCUAUCUAAGGGUCCAGAUCAGUGCUCCUUGUGGGAAAUCUGCCAAAAGUUGGCCCUGUACCAGACCCUGCUGCUCUGGAGGACACGAUUCUACCAGCGCCAGCAAGCUGGAUCCUUCUUCCAGGGCAUGCAGAAGCAGAUUCUGCAGCACCUUCUGAGCCAGUGGCACUUGUGGUCCAGACCCUCCCUCAACAGCAGCCCCUUGGAGUCUCACAGCCCAGUCAGCAUGGCCCCCAAAUCUCAUGUGCUCUCCUGCUUGUCCUCCUCAGCUGGAGCAGCUGGACUCCACGGGCCCGGGGAGAGCUGCUUGCUGGGCCUGGAAUUGGAACUGUGGGGCUGUGAUGAGUUUGUGGAAGCAGCUGCUGGCAAGGUGGUGGACAGGCAGCAGUUUCUCUGUGAACAGUACCAGAGGUGGGGACAGGUCCACCUCCAGGUUCUUCAGAAGGUGGCCCUGUGCUGGAUCCUGUGGAUGUACCAGCCCUGCCUAGGCCAGAUCCACCAGGCUCAUGCUGCCCAGCAGCUGACAACUCGGUGA